CAUUCCCACAAUGCUCCGGGGCGUGCCGCCGCCGUCGCUGCCGCCUCCGCUACCGCUAGUGGAAGAAGAUGGCGGAAGGCGGAGCGGCGGACCUGGACACCCAGCGUUCUGACAUCGCGACGCUGCUCAAAACCUCGCUCCGCAAAGGGGACACUUGGUAUCUAGUAGAUAGUCGGUGGUUCAAACAGUGGAAAAAAUAUGUUGGCUUUGACAGUUGGGACAAAUAUCAGAUGGGAGAUCAAAAUGUAUAUCCUGGACCAAUAGAUAACUCUGGACUUCUGAAAGAUGGUGAUGCCCAGUCACUUAAGGAGCAUCUGAUCGAUGAAUUGGAUUACAUAUUGUUGCCAACUGAAGGCUGGAAUAAACUUGUCAGCUGGUAUACAUUAAUGGAAGGUCAAGAACCAAUAGCAAGAAAGGUGGUGGAACAGGGUAUGUUUGUAAAGCACUGCAAAGUAGAAGUAUAUCUCACAGAAUUGAAGCUCUGUGAGAAUGGAAACAUGAACAGUGUGGUAACUCGGAGAUUUAGCAAAGCUGACACAAUAGAUACGAUUGAAAAGGAAAUAAGAAAAAUCUUCAAUAUUCCAGAUGAAAAGGAGACCAGGUUGUGGAACAAAUAUAUGAGUAAUACAUUUGAACCACUGAAUAAACCGGACAGCACCAUUCAGGAUGCUGGCUUAUACCAAGGACAGGUGUUAGUGAUAGAACAAAAAAAUGAAGAUGGAACGUGGCCAAGGGGUCCUUCUACUCCUAAGUCCCCAGGUGCAUCCAAUUUUUCAACUUUACCAAAGAUCUCUCCAUCUCUAUCAAAUAAUUAUAACAACAUCAACAACAGAAAUGUGAAAAACUCAAAUUAUUGUCUCCCAUCAUACACUGCAUAUAAGAACUAUGAUUACUCAGAACCUGGAAGAAACAAUGAACAGCCAGGCCUCUGUGGCUUAAGUAACUUGGGAAAUACGUGUUUCAUGAACUCAGCUAUUCAGUGUUUGAGCAACACACCUCCACUUACUGAAUAUUUCCUCAAUGAUAAGUACCAAGAAGAACUGAAUUUUGACAAUCCCUUAGGAAUGAGAGGUGAAAUAGCUAAGUCAUAUGCUGAACUCAUCAAACAAAUGUGGUCUGGAAAGUUUAGCUACGUCACCCCAAGAGCCUUUAAGACACAAGUAGGACGCUUUGCACCUCAGUUCUCUGGAUAUCAACAGCAGGACUGUCAAGAACUGUUAGCUUUCCUCUUAGAUGGACUUCAUGAGGAUUUGAACAGAAUUAGGAAAAAACCAUACAUACAACUAAAAGAUGCUGAUGGAAGGCCAGACAAGGUGGUCGCUGAAGAAGCCUGGGAAAACCAUUUAAAAAGAAAUGAUUCUAUCAUAGUAGAUAUAUUUCAUGGCCUUUUCAAAUCAACGUUAGUGUGUCCUGAGUGUGCUAAGAUUUCAGUAACGUUUGAUCCUUUUUGUUACUUGACACUUCCAUUGCCCAUGAAAAAAGAACGUAGCUUGGAAGUUUAUUUAGUUAGGAUGGAUCCACUUACUAAACCUAUGCAGUACAAAGUUAUUGUGCCCAAAAUUGGAAAUAUACUAGAUCUUUGUACAGCACUGUCUGCUCUGUCAGGAGUGCCUGCAGAUAAGAUGAUAGUUACUGAUAUAUACAAUCAUAGAUUUCACAGAAUAUUUGCCAUGGAUGAAAACCUUAGUAGUAUUAUGGAGCGGGAUGAUAUUUAUGUGUUUGAAAUUAAUAUCAACAGGACAGAAGACACAGAACAUGUGGUGAUUCCUGUUUGCCUAAGAGAAAAGUUCAGGCAUUCAGGUUAUACCCACCAUACUGGCUCUUCACUUUUUGGUCAGCCUUUUCUUAUGGCUGUUCCACGAAACAAUACUGAAGAUAAACUCUAUAAUCUCCUACUUUUGAGAAUGUGCCGAUAUGUCAAGAUAUCUACUGAAACUGAAGAAACAGAAGGAUCCCUACAUUGCUGUAAAGACCAAAAUAUUAAUGGGAAUGGCCCGAAUGGCAUACAUGAGGAAGGCUCACCAAGUGAAAUGGAAACAGAUGAACCAGAUGAUGAAUCCAGCCAGGAUCAAGAACUUCCCUCAGAAAAUGAAAAUAGUCAGUCUGAAGAUUCAGUUGGAGGAGAUAAUGAUUCUGAAAAUGGAUUGUGUACUGAAGAAACUUGCAAGGGUCAACUCACGGGACACAAAAAGCGAUUGUUUACAUUCCAGUUCAACAACUUAGGCAAUACUGAUAUCAAUUACAUCAAAGAUGAUACCAGGCAUAUAAGAUUUGAUGAUAGACAGCUUAGGCUGGAUGAAAGAUCUUUCCUCGCUCUGGACUGGGAUCCUGAUUUGAAAAAGAGAUACUUUGAUGAAAACGCUGCUGAAGAUUUUGAAAAACAUGAAAGUGUGGAAUAUAAACCUCCAAAAAAACCCUUUGUGAAGUUAAAAGAUUGCAUUGAACUUUUUACCACAAAAGAGAAACUAGGUGCUGAAGAUCCCUGGUAUUGUCCAAAUUGUAAAGAACAUCAGCAAGCCACAAAAAAAUUAGAUUUAUGGUCCCUGCCUCCAGUACUUGUGGUACAUCUCAAGCGAUUUUCUUAUAGUCGAUAUAUGAGAGACAAGUUAGAUACUUUAGUUGAUUUUCCUAUCAAUGACUUGGAUAUGUCAGAAUUCCUAAUUAAUCCAAAUGCAGGCCCUUGCCGCUAUAAUUUGAUUGCUGUUUCCAACCACUACGGAGGGAUGGGAGGAGGACACUAUACUGCCUUUGCAAAAAAUAAAGAUGAUGGGAAAUGGUACUAUUUUGAUGACAGUAGUGUCUCCACUGCAUCCGAAGACCAAAUUGUGUCAAAAGCAGCGUAUGUACUCUUCUACCAGAGACAAGACACUUUCAGUGGAACUGGCUUUUUCCCUCUUGACCGAGAAACUAAAGGUGCUUCAGCUGCCACAGGCACACCCCUAGAAAGUGACGAAGAUAGCAAUGAUAAUGACAAUGACAUAGAAAACGAAAACUGUAUGCAUACUAAUUAAUGGAAAUCCUAGAAGCCAUAAGAGAGACUUUCCUGCUGGUGGUAUCUAUGGAGAUGAAGUUAUCCACCACAUUAAAACAGAAGUCUGAGAUGAGGAGUUUCAGAUAACCGAAUGUAAAUCCUUUAUCAGAUUUUAACUUGUGCAGUACUUGAAGUGAAACACAAUGAAAACUUUAACAGAAAUUGUCUCUUAAUACAUUUACAGUCUUGUAUUUACAAGCUAAAUAUAUAUAGGAAAUCACAAAUAAAUCCCUUUUAAGUUUG